UCUAUACCCCAUGGUUGGUUUGGUGAAAAGGACCAUUAUAAGAAUACGAAUUUAAAAAAGGAAAAAAAAAAGAAAAGAAAAACCCUUGUUGAGCGAGUCCACCACCAUUUCCCUUCUCUUGUGGCCUCUCUCUCUCUCUCCCUCUCCCUCUCCUCUACCGAUACUCUAUAUCUUCUCUUUUUGUGAAUUUUGGGUUAGGGUAGGAUCUUUUACUAGCAGGAGAGAGGAGGAGAAUGUCAGGGGGUUCAGAGCAGAGCUUGAGGAAGUAUCUUGGGGCCAUUAAGGACACGACUACAGUUAGUUUGGCGAAAGUGAACAGCGAUUACAAGGAAUUGGAUAUUGCGAUUGUGAAGGCCACGAACCAUGCUGAGCGCCCCGCCAAGGAGAAGUACAUAAAAGCCAUAUUUCAAGCUAUUUCAGCUGCAAGACCCAGGGCAGAUGUGGCUUACUGCAUUCAUGCUCUUGCUAGACGCCUUGCAAAAACACAUAAUUGGGCGGUUGCACUAAAAACGCUAAUUGUCAUUCAUCGGGCUCUGAGGGAAGUCGAUCCCACUUUCCGUGAAGAACUGAUUAACUAUGGAAAAAGUAGACAUCAUAUGCUCAACUUGGCACAUUUUAAGGAUGAUUCAAGUGCAAACGCAUGGGAUUAUUCUGCAUGGGUACGCUGCUACGCUUUAUUUUUGGAGGAGAGGCUUGAAUGUUUUCGCGUGCUUAAAUAUGAUGUUGAAUCGGAUCCUCCGAGAACUCGGGAUCUUGACACCAUCGACUUGCUUGAACAGCUGCCAGCUUUACAGCAGCUUCUGUUUCGCUUGCUUGGUUGUCAGCCACAAGGGGCAGCAUCAUAUAAUAUAAUAAUUCAACAUGCACUCUCAAUGGUUGCUCUGGAGAGUGUUAGGAUCUAUACUGCCAUCAGUGAUGGUACGAUCAACUUGGUCGACAAGUUUUUUGAGAUGCAAAGGAAUGAUGCUGUUCGGGCACUUGAUAUAUAUAGAAGAGCAAAUCAACAGGCAGAGAGACUUUCCGAGUUCUACGAAGUAUGCAAAGGAGUUCAUAUUGGACGUGGAGAAAAGUUCUUGAAAAUUGAACAGCCCCCAGCAUCAUUUCUCACAACUAUGGAAGAGUAUGUAAGAGACGCUCCCCGAUCUUCGACAGUCCGCAAAAAUCAGGCUACAGAUGACAAAAAUGCUGCUCCCAAAGCUGUAUUAGCAAUUGAAUACAAGAAAACGACCGAAGAGCAAGAAGCAGCUCCACCUCCUCCUCCACCACCGCCUCCUCCGGCUCCUGAGCCAGUUAUAGAAGAAGCACCUGUAGCCAAGGAAGCAGAUUUGCUGGAUUUGAAAGAUGGUGUCCCCGAUACAUCUGAACUAGACAACAAGAAUGCCUUGGCACUUGCCAUUGUUCCGCUCGAUGCUGCAUCUUCUACUGCCCCUGCUGCUUUUAGCUCAGAAAAUGGUACUACCGGCUGGGAAUUGGCCCUCGUCACUGCCCCGAGCUCAAAUGAAAGUGCAGUCGCGACAAGUAAAUUGGCCGGCGGGCUCGACAAGCUCACACUCGACAGCCUAUACGACGACGCGCACAGACGAGUGAGCGAGAGCGCGAGCUACAACCCGUGGGAGAUGCAGCCGAUGGGCCGGUCUAUGAUGCAGCAUGGUGGAAUCCAAGACCCGUUCUACGCCUCUAACGCAGUAAGCGCCCCUCCUUCGGUUCAGAUGGAAGCAAUGGCGCAGCAACAGCAGGCCUUCAUUCUGCAGCAGCAGAUGAUGAUGAUGGGCCAGGCCCAUCAACAACCCUACCAGGCGCAUGCGAACCCCUUCGGUAACCCCUACGCCAAUGCCGGGCUUCACCCUUACGGCGCGGGGAUGCCUCUUCAUGCAUCCAACACAUACACUGGACUUAUCUAGAGAGAGAGAGAGAGAGAGAGAGAGAGAGAGAGAGAGAGAGAGAUCGGAGAUCAUUUUACCAAAAAUUAGGAGAUCAUAAGAUAGAUACAUGAUAAGGUGUGGAUUAGUGUUUGUAUUGGGUUGCUAUUGGUGGUGGAUUGGAUUCUUCAGCAGGAUGUAUGAUAUCAAAUGCAUGUGCAGCUUAAAGAGCAUUUGAUAGAAGUGAGAGCGGAAACUUCGGUAUUUGAUUAUUUGUAGAAAUUAGUAACAAUAAAGUGACAGAUUCUUUUUGUGAAUCAUUAAUAUUUGGCUUGUAAUAAUCUUGUAUUCUUUUUUAGAUGAACCUGCAUCAAACUAUACUGCAUCUGGGUUGAGAAAAAGCUGUUAGUGAUAAAACAUUUUAUUCAGUGCUUCAUUUGGCAGCU